AUGUGCGAGCCCUGCUUCAACGCCAUAUCCACGCGCUCCAGACUCGACUUCCGACGUCCAAAAUGUCCGUACUGUCGCGUGCGAAUGAAGAAAGCGAUUCGGGUGGAAACAGGACGUCGUUACGCUCUAGAGUUCGUUCGUGAUCAUCUUGUUGGUGGGUAUCGGAAUGAUAGGGAGGAUAAAAGUUCAGGGUUGGUGGGGUUUCGGGAGGCGGAAGCAUCGUGGGUUGUGCUUGAGAAGAAGACGAAGAUUGAGAUAAGACAGAAUCUUGAUGAAGAUGUGACGGAGACGAAGAUGACUUACACUGUAUCCAAGAAAGUCAAAAAGGGUACUAUCCAAGAGAAACUCGGAGGUACAACAGUACCCACCACGAUUUGCACAGCACAAAAAUUCGACACCCACGAAAAAGACAUCUCAAAAAUCCUCCAAACAGCACACAAAUACUUCCGCGGCACCACAGGCACCAAAAAGAUCCUCGACCCAAAACUAACCUUCGACUGGUUCCGCACCUACAGUCCAGAUGGCAUCUCACAAUACCGAAGCCUCGACAAAAGAAUCCGCACCACCAUCCGCCAACACCUCGACAUCGACAACGCUCCAACAGCCGGCUUCGACUCCACCGAGUCCGCAAGAUGGGUGACCCGCAUCCGGGAACACUACAACAGGAGCUCUCGUCGCAUCAGCAUCGAGCCCUUCAUAGAAUCGCCGCUCGCGGACUGGGAAAUCAAGCGAGGGGUGUGGAUUCAGUUGCAGAUGAGCAUCGCGGCGUGUCGUCCUGAGAUUGCGGCGGACACGUUUAGCGAGUUUCUGAGGGCGAGGGAGGUUAUUGUGAGGAUUACUGGUGUGGCGGAGAGUCCUGAGGUUGAUAUUCAGGAGGCUUAUGCGCGGAAGUAUGGUAGGCUGACGAGUCUGUCUAGGAGUGGGCUGUUGUUGUUGGAUCGGGUGUUGAAUAGGCCGUUGGAAUUUUUUAGGGAUUGGGAUAAGAGCGCUUGGUAUAGGGGUUUGGCUGUUAUGCAGCGGCAGCCUUGGUAA